CCUGUAGUGUGUUUCUCAGCCCCUUGCACGGCUAAUGUCUACCGAUUGUGGCACAUCAUCAGGUGGAUCAAGGACGUUCUUGGGUGGAUGGACCGGUCUUACCAGGCCAAUUGAAUUGCACGUGACACCAAGGGCCACGGACCGAACUACUUUCUCUCGCGGAAGGACAGAAAAACUAGUACGUAGAACUCUCGACGUGGCGAAGCGACCCCGGUUUCCCACACCAGUUUUCCAUCUUCCACUGGACCUAAGCUGGACACCCCCCCCCCCUUUCUGAGGAAAAAUGCCAACGAGCCACGAAGACAUGAAGACGCCGGACAAUACUGUGCCCACUGCUUCUUCCUUUGGAAAUUGGAGGGUGGCCACGUUGAACUUUCCAUGUAAGAAGAAGAUAGGGACAGCAUCAACGGGUCUCCUCAUCUCUGGCGUCUUGUUUCUACUCGUUCACAACAUUGGAAUAGUGCGACAUGGAACUACGACAAGUUUGCCCUCUGUCGACACAAAUAUUCGCAUGGUGGAUACGGUACAAGACGACUUAGAUCCAAGAGUCACAGAAGAAAAGACAGACGAUGCCAUCAUUAGCGAAACCGCAGUCAACAACUUCCAUACUGAAAACAAGUACCUCGAACACCGUGUCUCAAAUGCACAUGGCGGUGUCAAUGGUUCAAAGCCACAGUGCAAGAUGAAGAAAAGUAUUGCAUUUCUAAAGGUGCACAAGGCAGGGUCUGAAACAACAACCUGUAUUCUGCAGAGGUUCGGCUACGAACACAGACUCAACUUCGUACUGCCAAAGAAAUGUGGCAGUGUAAACUUGGGGUUCCCGGGAGGCAUGACAGACGACAUACUGAUGAAGCAGAACGUGGAUGAGUACAACGUGCUGGUAUAUCACACUGUGUACGACAGGGUCAAGUUACACAAGCUCAUGGCGCCGGAUACACAGUUCAUCGCCAUUCUCCGGGAACCGUUCAGUCAUCUCAAGUCGUCUUUCUUCUACUUCCACAUGGACGCCCAGAUGGGUCUAGCGGCCGAGGAGAACCCACUGGACAAAUAUCUCGACAAUCCAUGGCUUUAUGAGACAUCGCCAAACUUAAGAGCGUUCAAGAUGCAAAAGAGGUCGAUGACCAAGAACCUGCAGUCUUAUGUUUUAGGAUGGACGGACAGCGACAACCAAGACAAAGAAGAAGUGAGAAAGUUCAUCUUCCAGCUCGACAGUGACUUUCCCCUGAUCCUCAUCCUGGAGUACUUCGACGCGUCGCUAGUCUUACUCCGACGCCUGAUGUGUUGGUCGUUUUACAACAUUCUGUACGACAGGCAGCCCAGGAAUGAACAAAGAUACCGUAAGCCAGUGUCGGUCUAUACCGAGCAACAACUCCAGAACCACCGGAACGUCAGCUGGGUCGACUAUCAGCUGUACGAUCACUUCAACAGAAGUCUGUGGAGUAAGAUACACGCAGCAGGGCAGGACUUUCAAGACGAGCUGGAAGCUUUUCAACAGUUAAACCACGACGUCAACAGCUACUGUGCAGGAAAACCUAAGGAGAUGAAAACUUUUCCAGGAUCCAAGUGGAACGGACCUGUAGAACUUGGACCUCAGUUCUGCCAGGAUUUGAAAAGGAUACGCCUGGGAUGGGAUCUAGAAAUCUGCCACCGUGUACGAGGUUAUGGCAAGGGCAAAAGGCGUAAAAAGAAGCAAAGUUUAUGGACGUAAUUUACCACUUCUACUGAGUAAGUCUGAAACGGAGCUAUUCCCGGGUUGAAG